AUGGACUGCCCAGAGGCAAAGAGCCUGAAGGACGCAUUCAUUGCAGCCAGCCUGAGUGUGCUGACGUCCGAUGGCUGCCCCUUCUCGCCCAGCCCGGUGGGGGCGCCGUGUCUGCUGGGGGCAACCCCAGAGUUUGAACAGUAUGAAGCGGAGGGAGGAGUGAAGCAAGGAGGCAGCUCCCUGAUGGCCAGGAAAAACCAGUGUGUGUCUGGGGUCACCGUGCAACUGGAGAUGAGGAACCUCUGGGAGGAGUUCAACUGCCUGGGCACCGAGAUGAUCGUCACCAAGGCAGGCCGGAGGAUGUUUCCCACCUUCCAGGUGAAGAUAUCAGGCAUGGACCCCUUGGCUGACUAUGUGCUGCUCAUGGACUUUGUGCCUUUGGAUGACAAGAGAUACCGAUAUGCAUUCCAUAGCUCUGCUUGGCUGGUAGCUGGCAAGGCAGACCCUGCUACACCGGGCCGGGUUCACUUCCACCCUGACUCCCCAGCCAAGGGAGGCCAGUGGAUGAGGCAAAUCGUCUCCUUCGACAAGCUCAAGCUCACCAACAACUUGAUGGAUGACAACGGCCAUAUCAUCCUAAACUCCAUGCACAGAUACCAGCCCCGUUUCCACGUGGUGGUGGUAGAUCCACGUCCGGACAGUGAGCGUUACGCCCAGGAGAAUUUCAAAUCAUUUAUCUUCACCGAGACGCAGUUCAUGGCAGUGACAGCCUAUCAGAACCACCGGAUCACACAGCUGAAAAUUGCUAGCAACCCAUUUGCAAAAGGGUUCCGGGAAUGUGAGCCAGAAGACUGGCCGGGGUCGCCAGGGCAACUGUUAGGCUGCUUAUCUCGGAAUGGGGGUCCGGCUACCUUAGCCCAACUGCAGGAAAUGCCAGAGAAAGGGUUUUCCAGCAGCAGCCAUAAUCUCCCUCCUUCCCUCCUCAAAGACGCCUCCCAGCUCCAGCACCUGCCCAUGGUGACACCAGCCAGCCUCCCAGAUAUGUGCAUUGCCCGACGGCCCUUGAGUGAAGCAUCGGGGGCCCUGCCCUACAAGCACCUUUCCUAUCACAGUAUCUAUGUGGGAGCCCGGUCACGGGCAGCACCGUAUGCCCUCCCCAGCGGCCGAGGCACCAGCUUCCACGCUCUCAACAUCUACACAGCUGGUGGCUAUGAACAAUGAAGGACAGAGAU